GCAAGGGGCCCGAUGCACUCUCACACAGACCACCAGUCCCACUCCUGAGUCUACUCCUUUACGCACACACUGCCACAGUCACCAUGUCUGCUGGAGGAGAGAAAUCCAAGUCUGCUUCCCAGACUGACGGAAAGGCUGCUCAGAACAAGAUGUCUGAGAUGGGCAUGAUGUCUUACAAGAUGUGUGUGUACGACCAGGAGAACUUCCAGGGCCGCUGUAUGGAGAUCACUGGAGAGUGUAUGAAUGUGUGUGACAUGGGAUUGGACAGAGUGCGCUCCCUGCGCGUUGAAAGUGGACCCUUUGUGGGCUUUGAGCAGAUAAACUUCUGUGGUGAGAUGUUCAUCCUGGAGAAGGGCGAGUAUCCCCGCUGGGACUCCUGGACCAACAGCCAGAAGAAUGACUACCUGCUGUCCUUCAGGCCUGUCCGCAUGGAUCCUGAGAAGCAUAAGAUCUGCCUGUAUGAGGUCGGAGAGUUCAAGGGCCGUAAGAUGGAGAUCAUGGACGACGAUGUUCCCAGCCUGUUCUCCUACGGUUUUACCGACAGAGUUGGCAGCAUCAUGGUCAGCUGUGGAACUUGGGUGGGUUACCAGUUCCCUGGCUACCGUGGCAGUCAGUACCUGCUGGAGAAGGGUGACUUCAGGCAUUUCAAUGAGUUUGGCGCCCGCUCUCCCCAGAUGCAGUCCAUUAGGCGCAUCCGCGACAUGCAGUGGCACCCACACGGCUGCUACACUGUGACCUCCAAGUGAAACCCAGCGAGGGCGAGGAAGAGAGGGAUCCGAGGAGAAAUGGAGGUCGAGGGAGGGCACAGAGAUGGAAGCGGAGGAGGGAGGAUGAAGAAGGAGAGGAGGAGGGAGAGGGUGUAAUAAUUUCUCUUCUGUCCCAAAAUCUCUCGGCGGUUUGAAAGCAGCGUAGAGGGAAUACAGUAGGUUGUUAUUUUUAGUUGUUGGAACAUCGUAAUCUAGUGACCAAUGAAAAGUUAUUCAAACUGAAGAGGAGAUAAUUACACGGACCGUCGAGACUGAUUCUAAUAAACACUCUCCAUUUUUGUUCUCCCUCUCACCGUCUCUGUCAGCUCCCUGCUUCCCACUUUCCUCUCUCCUCCCCUCCCUCCCUCUCUCCCCCUCACACACUUCUCUUCCACAUCCCAACAAUGUCAGCCCUCACUCAACUUACAGCCUGACUGAAGGGACAACCAGUGUGGAUUUGUGUGUGUUUGUGUGGUGGGGAUCUGAGACAGAAAAAGCCCCAAAAAGAGAGUGGUGGCAAAAUCUCUGUGCUCAGAUUCUGAAGCCACAUCAACCCUGAACCCCAAUAA